UCUAAAGUGCCCCGGAAGAUCUUAUUCAUGUUCACCCUGUCCCUUUCUGUCACCUACCUGUUCUAUAGCUUGAUGAGCUGUUACAACUCCUUCCAGUUCCAGGAGAACUACGUCUAUCAGGGGAGGCUCGUGACAGAGGAGACAACUUUUGUUACGCUGAGGGAGAAACUUUACUCGACCUCUUCCCAGGUCUACCUAGACGAGGAGUUCGUCGAGAGGACGGCCACAGAGCAAACCAUCGUCAUCUCGAGCGUUAGAAAUAGCGUGGAGAUCGACGAGAGGACGGCGGGAUGGGUGCGAGCUCAGGCGGCUACGACGCGCUCCGCCGCCGCCGCUGCUGCUGGAGAGCCCCCGGAAUUCAGCACCACGGACAGCGAGCUUCGGAGAGCGGUGAACUGCACCUCGGAUUACGGGGUUAAAAAAUUGCCCCAAGCCAUUAUAAUCGGAGUGAAGAAAGGGGGGACAAGGGCUCUGCUGGAAGCUUUGCGGGUUCAUCCCGAUGUUCGAGCCGUUGGGAAUGAGCCUCACUUCUUUGACAGGAACUACGAGAGGGGGCUGGAUUGGUACAGGUGCGCCCUUCACGUUUCUCUGUUGUGUUGUUUAUGGGUCAAUGCCAGAUAA